AUGGCAAGUAUCAAAUGGGGAAAUCAAACAGCCAUGACAGAGUUCAUUCUACUGGGAUUUGGUAAUCUCAAGAAACUACAGACCAUUCUCUUUCUGUUGUUUCUCAUGAUCUACAUUGCAACCAUAGCUGGGAAUAUCCUCAUCAUUGUGCUGGUUGUGGCUGAUGUGCACCUUCACACCCCCAUGUACUUCUUCUUGGAGAACUUAUCCUGUUUGGAGAUUUGCUACUCUUCCACCAUCCUGCCCAGGAUGCUGGCCAGUUUCUUGACUGGAGAUAAGACCAUAUCUGUUAGCAGCUGCAUCCUUCAACAUUAUUUAUUUGCUUUCCUGGCAGGUGCUGAGUGCUGUCUCCUAUCUGUGAUGUCUUACGAUAGAUAUGUGGCUAUAUGUAAGCCAUUACAUUAUGUAACCCUUAUGAACAUCAGGUUCUGCAUGCAUCUAGCAGUUGGGUCCCGGAUGUGUGGAUUUCUAGUUAGUACCAUCACAACAUUAUCAAUGCUUCAAUUAUCUUUUUGUGGUCCCCAGGAAAUUGACCAUUUCCUUUGUGACUUGCCUCCAGUAAUAAAACUCUCCUGCAGUGACAUCCACCUGGUGAAACUUAUAGCUUUCAUAUUUUCUUUUCUUUUCACAAUUCCCCCAUUUCUGUUAACAGCAGCAUCCUACAUCUCUAUCAUUACCACCAUCCUGCGAAUCCCAUUGACCACUGGGAGGCAAAAGACAUUUUCCACCUGUUCCUCGCACCUCAUCGUGGUAACAGUGUUUUAUGGAACUUUAAUUUUUGUUUACAUGUUACCAAAAUCCAGUGCCUUGAGAGACCUCAGUAAAGUCUCCUCAGUUUUCUACACUGUCCUGACUCCAAUGAUCAACCCUCUCAUAUAUGGCCUGAGAAAUACAAAUGUAAAGGACGCCCUGAGAAAUUCUGUAGGUAAAUGCAUGUCUUAUGCAAGAAUCUAG